AUGGGUCUUCUGGGCUCCGCCGGCUCCCGUACACCCCUAGUCCCGCCUCCCUCCUUCCGCCCGGUCUUUAGUCACGCGGAGAUCACCUCGUGGACCUCGGCAUCCUCACGGGCUCCGACGAUUCGCAUAAUCCCAAAGCAAUGGCUCCUGAAGGGUUUCCAUGGUGAUCUACUUCUGACUCUUGUAAGCUUUAAAGAAAUUGGACCAGAGAGUUUCACUGACUUGUCAAGGGACUUGCAGUUUGUGACAGAGCCAGGAGGAAAACAACUGCAGUUAACUUUAUCACAGGUGGUGCUACCCCUGCAUGGUCCUUCCUUGGCCUCCCCGCUGAACCUUCCUGCUUCUCUACACUCUCCCCAGAGCAGCAGAAUGAACACACCUCAGGCCUCAGUGUCCUUCAAGGACGUGACUGUGGAGUUCACCCCGGAGGAGUGGCCAUACCUGGGUUCGGCUGAGAGGGCCCUCUACAGAGAUGUGAUGCUGGAGACCUACAGCCACCUCGUCUCCGUGGGGUAUUGUUCUAUAAAACCAGAAGUGAUCUUGAAGUUGGAACUAGAAGACCCAUUAUUGUUAGAGAACAAAUUUCUAAAUGGGAGUUAUCCAGAUAUGGUGGACAACACUGAGAUUCUAGAACCUGAGUUGGUAAAUUAUGUUCCUUGAUCUAAAUCCAGCUAG